GACGCCUGUGCGCUGCGCGCGCCUGCGCAGUGGCCCGGGCCGCGCUCGCGCCGAGGGGGCUGCGGGAGCUCUUCUAGAAGAAGUGAGCGGGAGCGAGUGUCCGGCGGCUUCCCGCUUCGCUCACGGGCGCGCCAUGGCGGACGAGGAGCUGGAGGCGCUGAGAAAACAGAGGCUGGCGGAGCUGCAGGCCAAGCACGGAGAUCCUGGCGAUGCAGCGCAACAGGAAGCAAAGCACAGGGAAGCAGAAAUGAGAAACAGUAUCUUAGCCCAAGUUCUGGAUCAAUCAGCACGGGCCAGGUUAAGUAACUUAGCACUUGUAAAGCCUGAAAAAUCUAAAGCAGUAGAAAAUUACCUUAUACAGAUGGCAAGAUAUGGACAACUAAGUGGGAAGGUAUCAGAACAAGGUUUAAUAGAAAUCCUUGAAAAAGUAAGCCAACAAACAGAAAAGAAAACGACAGUUAAAUUCAACAGAAGAAAAGUAAUGGAUUCUGAUGAAGAUGACGAUUAUUAACUAAAACAGUGUUCGGAAACUGGAGCUUAAUGGAACAGAUCUGGUUACAUGUUUACUUUGUUUAUUGUCUAUAUGCCUUUAAAAAUAAACUUGUUAUGCAAAAUAGA